GGUCCCCGCCAGUAUCCCAUGAUGCAGAGGAGUCCAGCUCUGAUCUGCUAGGGUAAGCGGUGCAGUGCUUGCUUGUGGCUUGUUGCUUGGUAAACGAUGGCGGCCUCAAAGCCUGUCGAGCCGCAGUCUGGCAGUGGUCUGCCCCGGUGGCAGCUGGCGCUCCUGGUCGGGGCCCCCAUUGUGCUGGGGGUUGGGGCCGUGUAUCUGUGGAAUCGCACCCGGAGGAAGGUGAACCAGGGCAAGCGCAACGGGGAGAGGACAACUCCAGAAGGCAGCGCCAGCCCCGUCACGGGCCGGCCUGAGCAGGACGGCGCAGCGAACCGAGCCGGACAAGAGCAAGAGGACCUGAGCCCCCUGGAUCGCGCCCAAGCUGCCAAGACCAGGGGCAACAAGUACUUCAAGGCAGGCAAGUAUGAGCAGGCCAUCCAGUGCUACACGGAGGCCAUCAGCCUGUGUCCCAAGGAGCAGAAGGGAGACCUCUCCACCUUCUACCAGAACCGCGCUGCCGCCUUCGAGCAGCAGAUGAAGUGGGCGGAGGUCGUGCAGGACUGCUCGCAGGCCGUGGAGCUUAACCCACGCUACAUCAAGGCCCUGUUCCGCAGGGCCAAGGCCCAGGAGAAGCUGGACAACAGGAAGGAGUGCCUGGAAGACGUAACAGCCGUGUGCAUACUCGAGGCCUUCCAGAACCAACAAAGCAUGCUGCUGGCAGACCGGGUCUUGAAGAUGCUGGGGAAGGAGAAAGCGAAAGAAAAGUUCAAGAACCGCGAGCCCCUCAUGCCAUCCCCACAGUUCAUCAAGUCCUACUUUGGCUCCUUCACCGAUGACAUCAUCUCCCAGCCCCUGCAGAAGGGCGAGAAGAAAGAUGAGGACAAGGACAAGGAGGGAGAGGCCGCUGAGGUCACCGAGAGCUCUGGGUACCUGAAGGCCAAGCAGUACAUGGCUGAGGAGAACUAUGACAAGAUCAUCAGCGAGUGCACCAAGGAGGUGGAGUCCCGGGGCAAGCACCUGGCCGAGGCGCUGCUGCUACGCGCCACCUUCUACCUGCUGAUCGGCAACGCCGCCGCCGCUCGGCCGGACCUCGACCAGGUCAUCAACAUGGAGGACGCCAACGUCAAGCUGCGGGCCAACGCCCUGAUCAAGCGCGGCAGCAUGUACAUGCAGCAGCAGCAGCCCCAGCUGUCCACACAGGACUUCAACACGGCGGCCGAGAUCGACCCGCCCAACGCCGACGUCUACCACCACCGGGGACAGUUGAAGAUCCUGCUGGACCAGGUGGAGGAGGCGGUGGAGGACUUUGACGAGUGUAUCCGCCUGCGGCCCGACUCGGCGCUGGCUCAGGCUCAGAAGUGUUUUGCACUGUAUCGAAAGGCUUACACUGGAAACAACCCCUCACAGGUGCAGACGGCCAUGAAUGGCUUUGAAGAUGUCAUCAGGAGGUUCCCCAAGUGUGCUGAGGGCUAUGCUCUGUAUGCACAGGCUCUGACGGAUCAGCAGCAGUUUGGAAAAGCAGAUGAAAUGUAUGACAAGUGUAUCGAACUGGAACCCGACAACGCUACCACAUAUGUCCACAAAGGGCUGCUGCAACUGCAAUGGAAGCAGGACCUUGACAAAGGCCUGGAGCUCAUCAGCAAAGCCAUCGAGAUCGACAACAAGUGUGACUUUGCUUACGAAACCAUGGGGACCAUUGAAGUCCAGAGGGGCAACCUUGACAAAGCCAUCGACAUGUUCAACCGCGCUAUCAACCUUGCCAAGUCGGAGAUGGAGAUGGCUCACCUGUACUCGCUGUGCGACGCUGCCUACGCCCAGACAGAGGUGGCCAAGAAAUACGGGCUCAAGCCCCCCACGCUGUAACCCUCACCCGGCUGCCCCUCGGCCUCUGAGCCCGACAGUCAGAUAACUGCUAAUACCUUGUUUUUGUUCGGGGGAGGGGGGGGUGGUUUUUGUAAAUGAUGUUGAAAGAAAAAAAGAAACAACAGCUGUCCUGUGACCGUGCAUGUCUGUAUCGCGUGGGCUCCCCAGUGCGUUUGAAGAGCGCAGCCGGCUCUACGGGGGCGACACCCCGAGACAUCCCCAAGUGCCAUCUUUCAGGGUCCUCCUCCUCCAUGCCAGUGGUGACCGUCGCCCUUUCGGGGUGCUGUUGCCAGGCAGAUUUGGGACGGGUCUGUGUGUGCGCGUGAGCUAUAUCUCCAUCACUAAACUCCUGUGGGUGGCGAUACUGGGGUCCUGCGCAACAUUAUCGCAUUAUCCAUCAUGCUCACAACUGGGGCUUUUUGUAAAGCGUUUUCCUUGUGUCCUGAAAACUAACCAGGACAUCCGCCCGUCUUCGGGAUGUAUCGUUGUGUUAAAGCUACUGUAUCAAACCUUAUUUGUUCAUUUUAGAACUUCCUCGUAGGGGAAUGUUUUCAGAAGGAAGGUAACUGGAUGUAUUUCCCUUAUAAGGGGACAGGAAACAAGAUUCAAUAUUUUUGUGACAGUGGUGACAAACAGCCAAAUGAAAGAAUUAGUAGAUGGAAAGAGUUCCAUCUUGACAUCCAAGAGGCUACCAGAGCAGACUGCCAUUGCAGUGAUUGUAAAUUGAAUUGUUUUUUUUUGUAAGUAAUUUGGUCAGUGUGGAAAGACUUAAUUUCUCUGGCCUAAAGUGAUCUGAGCUCAGAUUGUCUUCAAGUUGUGAUAUAAGUGAUUUUUAAACAUUGAUUUUAGGAUAGUGUAUCUUUGGACCUUUUGUUUGAAAGAAACAAGUCACACACACAACAGUAUUAUAAUGGUAAUUUUGGACAGCCUAUUGAAUAAUUUAAAGCAGCAGUGCAGCAUAAUUAAAGCUUAAUUUAACUAGAUAAGUCAGUUUCUUUAAUAAUGAAGAAACAAUUUUCCUCUAAGAAAUUUAUUUGCAAUGUACAGUUGGUUCCAAAUUCAUGUAUAACCUUUGAUAAACUGAGUCAAAAAGUUGAUUUAUCAUGAAAAUACGGGUGUAGUUUCUAAUAUAAAUAAAACACUAAAAGAUAUGCACGCCGUUCAAUAUAUGUUUGAAUAAAAUGCCUGCCAAAAAGGUUGAUUUCUAAUGCCAGAUGCUAUUUGUUUAUAUAAGCUGAGAAUCAACAAUUCUUUUUUUGUCAUAAAGCGACAGUUAAGCUUGGGCAGUCGCAGUUACAAACCCUAGAAACCGCUCACAGGGGAAAAUGAGAAAGGAUAGGUGGCCUCAUCUGACCUGUCCAACUUCGAGCCACUUGUCUUUUAAAACGUCCCUUUCCCAGAUCCUUGCUCAAGAGGCUUAGUGCUGAUUGCAGAAGGGCCCGCAAGCCGAGAGAGCCCAGACCACUAACCUCAGCACUGCUCAGCCUAUACAACUAUACAACACUGCCUGCGGAAUCCCAGUCUCAGUCGGCUAUAGUAACACGACUGAGACUCUGUGAUUACUGACUCAACCUGCAUUCGGGCAAGCGCUGUUACUCGUUGAGCUGCUCAGGAGCCUGUCAGAUCUAUUCAUACCCUGGCAAUCUGUUUUAGAAGCUGUCUUUUGGCUACUAUUGAAGAAACCCUUCGUAUAGCCUUUUAGAAUGUCAAGUUCCAGCCCAGUGCUAUUCAACCACUCUGAUGUUUAUUGGCGUGCUGUGUAUUCUGCGUGUAGCCAAGUUUGAGUGUCUUGGUAGCAGAUACAGGUGAAGGCUAAAAUAUCCUGGUAAACUUUGUAAUUUCUCACUCAUUUCUAACCAGGACACAUGGACAAGGGGAUGCAAAAUGUAUGAUAAAGUAGAACAGAGACAUUUCUGUUUUUGAGAAGAGGGAAAGGCAGUUUGUCCUGGCCCCUGUGGUCGCUAGUAGCUAACUAACAUAAUGGGAAAGAUGACGUCUUUUUUGAUGAGGAGCUUCACCUUUCUGUACUGAUCGUACUCCUGGCAGGACUCUCCACAAGCUCCAUUUAUCUUUCAUCUUGCCACACAAUGUAGGAGUCAGUGGUCUGGAUAGCUUUCCGAAUGUUUGUCUCGGUUGAGAGUUAUCCUUCCGCACCAUUUUU